UGUAGCGCUACCUCUGUUAUGGAUGUGAUAUAGCGAAUUUUUGCAUUACAGAUAGCGAAUGGCAGCAGUAACUAGUAAUUACCCUAUGUAGGAUUCUUCAUGUGUUAUCUGUUUAUUAUGACUUAUUGGGGAUGAUUUCCAUAAUUUAGGUAAUUACAGUAGUUAGGGCAUACGUCCCAUUAUGUUAUUCACCAUAAAUUUACGUGUUAGUGGAACAUGAUAUAAGAUCUCUAAAACAAAUAUCACUCAUUAUAUUAGAAAAAAAGUUCAGUGGCAUAUCUGAUAUAAAUUAGAAGCCUACAAAAAUUAGAAGAUAAAUUCGCCCUGACACCUGUUCAGUAUAAUUGAUACUUUAAGACAGACAUGUAACGGACAGAGUGCGCAUCAGCAGGAUCCAUUAUCGUAUUAAUCCGUUAGGAAAGAUUGAUAAAAAUACAAUAUAUAUUUACGCUUGGGUUGUCACACUCGUUUUAUUGCUUCAUUCUAUUUCAUUCGGUAUUGAGCUUAUAUGCUAGAUAGACAUAGCAGCGCAUUACACCUUUAAAAUAUCAUUUUCAUGGAGAAAUAUUUUGUGCUGAGAAAUUCAAACGGUCGAGUGAAACAUGGACUAUCAAGAUGAUAAGGUUGUCGAAAAACUGCAAAAUUGGUCACUCGAUGAAGGUGCAGUUCAAGAGGAUCAAGACGCCGGAAAUGAAAAAUUAACGUCCGAAGAAACGAAUCGUUUUCAUACCGAAUACGCAAAUGAAUAUUUGGAACUAUCCGAUGACGAAAACAACCAGUCGGCCGAGGAAAAGUUUCGCGGGAUAGAUACAAUUGGAUUAAAUGACGAAGACGACAACGAAGUGGAUUUAGACGAUGGAGAAACUGGGGCUGCCCCAGAUUUGGAACGAAAUCCCUGGGACGGGUUGUCAUAUUCAUCACAAUAUUACGAAUUACUGUCUGAACGCCAACAACUAUCGAUAUGGAAAGCCAAAGACGAUUUUGUUUUGAGCGUUGAUGAAAGUCCGAUAGUUCUUGUAACUGGUAAAGCGGGGAGCGGCAAGAGCACUCAGAUUCCACAAUGGUGCGCCUAUUUUGCGAAAGAGUUGAGAUUCCAGUUUGGUACAGUAGUCUGUACUCAACCACAUGCUCUAGCUGCUAUCUCAUUGUCAAUGCAGGUAUCACGAGAAAUGGAUCUUACCAGUAUCGGAAAUGAAGUUGGAUACAAAGUACCCUUCUCGGAUUGCACUUCGGAUGAAACAUUUUUGAAAUUCUGCACUGACGAGGUUCUCCUGCGAGAAAUGACAGAAGAUCCCUUGCUUGAACGAUACGGUAUUAUCAUACUAGAUGAAGUGCAGGAGAGAACAGUUUCAACGGAUGUACUCUUGUCUUUAUUGAAAAUCAUAUCUUGUCAUCGUGAUACACUGAAAAUUGUAGUGAUUAGCCAAUCCCACGCAAUGCCAAAACUCGAGGAAUAUUUUGAAGGAGUGCCCAUCGUCGACUUGACUUUUAUGGAGGAAAAUGAUGAUCAAAAUGACUCCGUAAAAAACGACCAAGAACCAACCAAAAUAGUUGAGAAGACAGAACAAUCAUGCAAAAUUCAUUACAAGCUGAUGAAUAUUCUUGGAAGUGACUUUGUAUCUGAUGCUGUUGAGAUAAUAAUGAAAUGUCAUUGUGAUCAAAAUAUUGAAGGAAAUAUACUGGUGUUCAUGCCGGGCAAAAAGGAAAUUGAUGAAAUUUGUGAACGAGUUGCAAGAGAAGUAGCUAUGAGAGCUCUCAGAUGCGAAGCUGGAGAUUUGGUAGUUGCAGCUUUAUAUCACGAGUUACCUUACGGAUUUCAGCAGAAAGUAUAUGAGAAAUCUGAAAAUACAUCAAUUAGCAACGAGAAUGGCCUUCGACCGCGUAAAUUAAUAGUUUGUGAUUCGAUAGCAGAAUCAUCUUUCUCAAUGUCAAACAUUUCAGUUGUGGUCGAUUCCGGUAGAUUGAACUCGAAGUUAUACAAUUGUCGUAUUCGUGCACAUUCUGACUUUUUAACGUACACUACGAAAUUAAAUGUCAAUAUGCGAACAAGUCGUUGUGCCAAAACUGGAGAGGUUUAUAGACUUUACACAGAAGCCGAGUUCAAGAAAUUUGAAGAAUUUCCUCUACCCGCCGUUGUUCGAAGUGAGCUUUCAACAAAUAUAUUACUAAUGAAGAGACUUCUGCAGAGACUGGAUGUUGCAUUCUCAAGUUGUCACACAUUAGACCCUCCAGGUCCGGAAGCAUACAUGCAAGCAUUAGAAGAUUUAGAUUAUCAUGGUGCUCUUGAUGACAACGGCAAUCUGUCAGAUCUCGGUGCAGUAAUGAGCGAAUUUCCUUUAAGUUUGCAACUAGCAAAAUGUGUGAUUGCCAGUUGUGGGGAAUUAUGUUCAGAGGAAAUGCUGUCCAUUGUUUCAAUGCUCGUUGUGCCCGAUUUCUUCGUUGUACAAGAUGGAAUGCAAACUAAGAUAGAAAAACGACGAAAGAUGAUGACGCAUUCAUCUGGAGAUCAUUUUACCUUACUCAAUAUUUAUGAUGCCUUUAUAGCAAAUAAAGAGUCAGAACAAUGGUGUAAAGAUAAUUUUUUGAGAUAUUCAUCAUUAAAACUGGCGACUCAAGUUCGUGCCAACAUUGCUCAAGUCAUGGAACGACUUGAACUCCCUAUGAGUCCUCGACUCACAGAUAACAAAGAAAUGGAAAUAAGCGUGAAAAAAGCUUUGCUCGCAGGAUUUUUUAUGCAGGUGGCAAAAGACGUUGACGGGAGUGGCAAUUACCUGAUCGUCAGAGAUCGACACGUUGCCAGAUUAAGUUCAGCGUCGUUCUCUAUGACGUCACCGGAAUGGGUUACGUUUAAUAGAUUUGUUUUAUCCGACAAUAGCUAUAUCGUCACUGUGUCUUCAGUCACGCCAGAAAUGGUUGCAGAAAUCAUGCCACAAAGUUACUUAGCCAACUUGCCUUCUGGAGAAGCCAAAAGCAAUUUACUGGAAGCGAUUGAAAAGCUCAAACAUGCUAACAUACGAGACAAAGAACUGGCGGGUGAGUCAGUAGAAACUGCAAAAGACAUUGAAAAAUCUUCAAUGAAAUUACCACUUCAUCGUCAACAGGGAAUUCCAGCUGCACCAUCUUCACAAUAUCAAAAUAAGAAGGGUAAUAGUCACAGUAUACAAGGGACGAGACCUUAUAGUAGUCAGGCAAAAAGUUCCACAAGCACAGACUCGCAGAUACAAAAAUCUGGUAACGUUGAAGUAGAUAUUCUGACGCAAACUGCACGUGACUUGAACUACAUGUAUCAACAAGCGUCAAGCUACGUCAGAAAUUAUGCAACCGAGGAGACAGAAGAAGAAGAAGAAAGCUGCAACAUACAAUAAAGGGAGUAUCAUGUAUUACCAUCAUGCACAUUUGACUCAAUUUUUAAACCUUUACCGUUCUCAGCCAGGGUUAUAUAACUUCUUAGGCCCGUCGUCUUUUCUUCGUUGUCAUUCUUGUCUCGUUUUUUUUUUAUAAUUAUAUUAAGAUUUAAAAUCGCUUCUUCUAAUCGCUUACAGGUGGCUAAUAUUGAGUUCAUUUUUAUUGUUUCUAACUGCGACAUUGUUAAUUUCUAAAGUUCAAAAAUCAUUUUCUUCAAUAUUGCUAUGUUUUGAUAGCUAGAUAGUUUUCUCUGCCAAAAUAUUUUCUCACUCAAUUUCCUAUAGAAGAAAAUAUAACAAUUUUAGCAAAUAACGGAAAACUUGAGUGAUCAUCGUUUCUAAAGUGCUUCAUUGAACACACGAAGUAAAUCUUUAAUGGAUUUCCAAAUAAAACAAAUGUUUCUAUCUAUCAUAAAACUUUGCAUCGUCUUCGAGUCGUACACGAGUUAAUAUUUAAUUUUUCAGUUUCUGCUCGUUGAAUAUUGUUAAUUUAUAAUAUUGUUUUUCUGCACAAGCUGCCAGCUUGGAGAACGAGUCACCUCCCAAAAUCUUAAUCAAUUUUUAACAAAGUACAAUGUAUUGGCCACCAGAUAAAAAGCAUAAAAAUUGAUAUUUUUUCUCAUUUCAAAGUUAUUCCGACGUUGGGGCAAUAAUCAAUAUAAUCUCAAAAACAAUGUAAUGUAAACUAUUUUUAAUCUUUGUUUAAAGAAUAGAAUACAAAUUAUAGAAUAAAAUUACUUUCUAUUUUAUUUGACAUAGGUUGUGAGUUUGGUGCUUUUUGUGUCAUUUUCAUGGCCAAAUGUAGUGUGAAGAGAUAUAUGGAAUUACAUUGAUUUUAGCAUUUGAUUGAUAUGUUGCUGAUAAUGUUUGUAAACCAUGACAUGUGUUAAUAAUAUAUUUAAUUGCGUUAAAAUAAACUGCUUGCCUUCAAAAAAUUUAAAAAUAAAGUAUAA